GGAGUGGGUGGGUGCGCAUCCCCCCCCCUUCUUCCUCCCCUUCUCUCCCCUGCCCCACGCUGGAUGCCUGUGUCUCUCUGGGUGUAUGUGCUUGUGUGUGUCUCUCAAGCCAUGAAUGAGACGAUGAGUUGCGGGGUCGCCAUCGUUCCUUCGCAUAAAUCUACACUACAGCUUGCGCAUUACAGCUUUAUUGCGUCUCCGCUGCUUCUCUUCAAUAGGACGGACUGCUGCCCGCAGAGCUAUGAAGCGUGGGGGCCUUCUCUAUAUCGUGCUCUUUCUCUCGCCACCUUGGCUGCUUAGAAUUGCGGGAGUUCCAUGCAGUGUGAAAGACAGCUAGCAGCUGGUGCUCUGACACGCUAUUGGGAUUAGUUAGUGCUCCCCUCUUCCUUUGCUUGGAUCCUGCGUUGUGAUCGUGGCGUUGUUUGCGACUCACUCUUUGAUCGUGCUCCCGUACUUUCGCGGUCGCUGUAGUAGUGUGUUCAACAGGUUUUAAAUGAUUGCUAUUUUUUCCCGCUGGUCCGCGGGAGGUUCAAGACAGGCUCCUAGUUGGUUUCUGUUCACGGCAGGGGGCGGGGAUUCGAUUCGCGAACACUAGGCCUGUAGUGAGAAAGUGAGUGAGGUUGCGUGACUUGUGGGAUGUUUGAUGCGCUUGAGGGAGCAUGUGUGGAGGUCAGUGUGCUAGCUUUGACGAUAAUUUAUUACUCGAAGGAUAUUCUGGUGGUUCUUUUGGAUCGCGGUGUAGCGUGGAGGUGUUUUUCAGCGUGUUUUAUUCCUGCCUACGCGAACUUCCGAGAGGACACGAAGAGUUGUAGAAGGAGUAGUACUUAGAAUGCGAGUAGCGUUUUGAGGGGGUUCUCAGGUAGUGUUUCUGGUUCUGGUUUUCUCCUUCAAAUCCUAGGCUGUGCAACGUCUGGUGUUUCUUGGCGGAGUCAGGUUGAAGCUUUGACUUGUUUAAGUGUAAUGAACUUUUAUGUUCAGCAUUAAUACGCCAGUUUGUGUGUCACAAGGGCUCCUACACAUCACAUUCCUUUCCUCAGGCGAGCGAAGACUUGUUAUUUGAUUUUUCCCUUAAUUCAAUCUAUGUAGGCGGAGUUCAAAAUUUAGGUUGAAUGGUCUGCGUCUGAGCUGUCACAGGAGGUUCUGUCGAAUUUGGCGCUGGAAUGUCCAUUGGAGUCUUCUCCACAUUCUUUCACCUCUCACGAUUUCGCGAGCUCCCAUCUCUUAUAUCCCUAGCCGUGAGUCUGGAAGGCAGUGCUGCCAUAUUUAUCGCAGAGAAUCCUACAGAGGUGACGGCAUUCUAAGCUAUACCUCACUCCGCGACUGUGGUAUAUCACGUGAUCGCAUUUUCUUUUGCAUACGCGCCUAAUUACUGUCAGAAAAAGAGAAGCACCGGAGAUUCUUGCACCGAAUCAUUUUUCAAUUGUCCUUGGGAAAAGUGGGUAAGGGUGGUGCAGCCAGAAAGUUAUCUUUUUAUUGGCGAAACUCCGGAAGAGAGCACGUCAGGCUUGAAAAUGCUGCCAAGUGAAAAGCACCUUGUCAUGGUACAGGAGAGAAUGCUAUCGUAAUAGUGAAAUCCAUUUAACUCUGGGGAGUCACUCCAGCAACAAUUUGGUGUUAGAUAUCCCUCAGGCCUUGAACGGAGUUUCUGUACUCCAAGUUCAGUUUCUGCAGAUUUUGAAAGCAUAGUGCUUGCUUAAAGCAACCUAAGCCAAUGCAAGACAGGCAAGCUGAGUAAUCCAGUAGCUCUGUAAAGCCUUCUCGCGGUCCUUGCAGUAUUGGCCCCGGCAACUGUUGAAGAAGUGGAUAAGCUUUGGAGAGACUGGAGAUGACUUCGAUCGAGACAUUGACUCUAACGCUGAUGAGUCCAGUGAGUCAGAAGACUUUGGAGCUAGCGAUGGCGCUGGAGGGUCUGGUGAUGAGGGUACAAGGAUGCUGGCCGAUUCAGAACCAGACUCAGAUGCGACACCAUUUGCAGAUUUAUCACACAAGAACCCGCUUCCGCGAGUGCAGUCAGAGACUCUGAGAAAGCAAUUCGUUGUUAACAAUGAAUAUAAAAUUUCAGUUGGUACCUGGAAUGUUGGAGGGUUACUUCCUCCAGACGAUAUCAACUUAGAUGGGUUUUUAGACUGUCCAAAUCCUGCAGACAUCUAUGUUCUUGGGUUUCAGGAGGUUGUGCCACUUAGUACCAACAAUGUGCUAUGUGUGGAAGAUGACGCGCCUACCGUCAUAUGGGAUGGCUUGAUUCGGCAGGCUCUCAAUAACAGGGUGAAGUGUUGCGAAAGACCUCAUAGAAGUUAUAGUGAACCUGCGUCUCCAAUGUGGAAUGAGAAUGAGGCUAUAAGUGACGUUCCUGAAAUCUCUGAACACGCUGGCUUAGUCUUCACGGCGGAUCCUAUCGAAUCAUCCUUACUUCCUCAGAAAAUUCUAAAUUCAAGCGAUAGCCAAUGGCUUCUGGGAAAAAUAAGAUCAAGUAGCAUGAAUCGGACCGUGAAGAGUUUGACUGAGCAUGUUAAAGUGGCAGAGGAUUGGCUCUGUGAGACAUCGAUGCCUGGAGAUAACGUUACUGAAGAAUCUCUGCCUUUUAACUCUUCUCGAACCCUCAUCGAACAUUCUUGUAACCGGUAUUCUCGGCUUGCGAGUAAGCAGAUGGUUGGGGUUUUCAUAUCUGUAUGGAUACGGUCAGACCUACGACGAUAUGUCAACAAUGUAAAAGUUAGCGUUGUUGGUUGUGGAAUUCUGAAUUUUCUCAGAAACAAGGGUGCUGUUUCUGUCAGUUUUUGUCUACACCAAACUAGCUUCUGCUUUGUAUGUACACAUUUGACAUCUGGUCACAAUGAUGGUGAUGAGUUUCGUCGGAAUGCUGAUGUUGAUUACGUUCUUCGUCGCACCACUUUUCCUAGAUUGGAAAAAUCUUUAGGAGUGCAGUUACCAGAGACAAUUUUGGCACAUGACCGAAUCAUAUGGUUGGGAGAUUUAAACUAUCGGAUCGAUCUACCGGAUAUGGAAACAUGGGCCCUUGUCAAUCAAUGUGAUUGGAAGAGUCUUCUGGCUAGAGACCAGUUGAAAAUGGAGAGAAAUGCUGGGCGGGUUUUUAAGGGCUGGCAUGAAGAUGUCAUCACUUUUCCUCCAACGUAUAAGUUUGUGGUGGAAUCUGACCAGUACUUUGGUGAAGAUACAUUCAAAGGGGAUAAGCGACGUACACCUGCAUGGUGUGACCGAAUAUUAUCAUAUGGUCAAGGCUUGACACAGUUGAGUUACUCAAUGAUUGAAGCAGGGCUUUCAGACCAUCGACCAGUUAUUGCAAAGUUUAUCGCGGGAGUGGAAGCAGUAAGCUGCCGAAAGCUAAGAAAAGCUUGUAGGCAUUCGAAUGAUGCAAAAGUAAAUGUUGAAGAGCUCUUGCCUAGAACUUUCCCAGCCAGCAGGUUUCACAGCUCUCAAAACCAUGAGAUAGUGUUGUUUGAUAUCACUAGGUAGUGGACAUCAAUGAUCAUCAACAUCACCCUCCGAAGUAUAUCCCAGCCUUGUAUGUCAGUCGUUUCUCGAUCGCUGACUCUUUGACGGCCAAUUUUUUCGCACAUUUUGUGAAACAAGCCGGAUCGUUACAAAUAUUUGCUAGUGCAAUACCAUGCUGGACUAACAACCUUGGGAGGUUACGAUGUCGUCGCAUGUUUGGAUUGGCUGGGUUAUUCAUCAAGUAACCAGUGGAUGUUAAAACGACGUCCAGUCAUUAUUUAAGGGUGCCAUGUCAUGAGCUCAAGGUAUCUAUUGAACUCGUGUACCCAGCUGGGUUCGAGUAAUUUUGGGAAAUGGAGCUUGUACUAUACAUGACUAGUCCCAUAGAGUUCAUAAUACUUAUUAUGAUCUAUGUGAUCUACUUGUAGCAUAGAUUCAUUUAGAUUAUCAUACUUCUCAUUACUAUCUAUUAUAGUGUUCACCAAGGAGCUCACUUACCAGAAAAGUGGGGUCUCUCCUCCAGUUAUUAGCUCAACUUAUUUUCCAGUAACACAGACAGUAGCAACGACCACCUUUGAACUCUUGAACAGGUGAUAGCUUGAUCAUCUAUAUUCAUGUGCAUUUUUGGUAGUCAUAGCCUUCUUUGUUUCAAGGUAGGCCGUACUACCCGAAUGAAAGAAACAGUUGCAUGUCCAAGUCGCACAUCGCUUUGGUGAAUCUUCAAUCCAGGCUUUGACCAAAGUGAUGAGCCAUUUCGACAUGGUCUCAUUUUCUACCGUGGUUGACAAUUUUACAUUUUGAACACCACAAA